UUCUUGCCCGUGACCUACGCCUAUGCCACGACCGUCCGCCGGGCGCAGGGCGCCACUUUGGCUUGCGUGGCCCUCGUCUUCGACACCAAGAUUCCAGACAGAGGCUAUGCGUAUGUCGGUGCAUCUAGGGCAAGACGACAUGACGAUGUAUUUCUUCUUGGGCGCAUUCGGACAACGGAUUGGCUGCCAGUGGGUGGACAAGCCGAUCCCAGCGAACAUCGCAAAAUCGGCCCGCUGAGUGAGUCAACCAACUCAGAAGACAGCGCAAUGCCAUCUACACCCGACGAGAGUUCCCAGGACUACAUGCAUGACAUCAGCAGCAACGACUUCGAGGAAACGGACAUGGACGAGCCCAGCAGCCAAGAUUUCGCGUUCUUGGCCCUCGAGGAAGCAGACUUGGAUGACCCAAGCAGCCAGGACUUCAGCUCCUUCGGCACUGGCUAG